UUUUCAUGGUUGCUUCGUUUUGAGUCAAAACAACUGAUUUUGAAUAAUGGCAGAUCCAUUUGACAGAAAUAGGCGCCGUAGGAGAAGAGAUAGAAAUGACUACGGAAGGUACACUGAAGAUAUUUCCCCCACUCCUCCUCCUAGUAAACCUCCAAUGACUAUUCUGGGACUUGCUAAACCCACCAGAGCUCCAUCGAACACAGCUGUAACUACAACUGGUGUAGCGGGUAAUGUCAGCGACCAUCAAAAUUCUAGCUUUAGUGCUACUAGUACUACUGCCAUUGGAGAUGGUGAUGGAUCAGAAAACACACUUGAUCAUCCAAGUGAUCCUUCAACCAUGCUUGAUAAAACAGUUGUUGUCCUUUCUUCUGAGAACAAAAGUCGACUGACACCUGUGAAAUCCAAUGAUAUUGAUCAGUUUGAUUCUCGAACCAACGAUGAUAGUUCACACUUAACCGAAGAUAUUACCAGCACUGUUAAAAGAACACCAACAAGUACUGUUGGAAAUAUUAUCAGUGGGGUAAUAGACCAAGGAGCCCUUACUCAAUCAAAGUUAGCUCCUCCGUUAGAAAAACAAAUAAAAGUCAAAUUGAUUGAUGACUCUUUUCAGUGGUGUGAAAGUGGACUAGACUCAAUGCUCGAGCAAACAGAUUAUCUUGUUGUUGGGGUGAUUGGUCUUCAAGGCUGUGGUAAAUCCACCUUAUUAUCUCUCCUUGCUGGAAAUACACAUCAGGAUGCAUACAGGAACUAUAUAUUUUUCCCCCAAACUAAAGAGGCUAAAGAAGACUGUCUCUUUCAAACAUCUGGAAUAGAUAUGUUUGUUACAUCAGAAAGGGUUAUUCUUUUAGACACCCAGCCACUCCUGAGUGCUUCUAUGAUGGACUGCUUAUUACGAUAUGAAAGAAAAUUUCCAUCUGAAUACACGUCUCUUCAGAAUUAUAUUGAAAUGCAAUCAUUACAGCUGCUUACGUUUUUGUUAUCUGUAUGUAACAUUAUUUUGGUGGCUGAUGAUUGGUUCAUUGACAUGAACUUAAUGCAGCUGAUUCAGGAUGCAGAGAUGUUAAAACCAUCAACCCAGCCACCUUCUUCUGGUGAAAAUGUUUCUUCCAAAGAAGAUCCAAUAGAUUUUUAUCCAACUGUUAUUUUUGUCCAUAACAAAGCUUCUAGAGAUGACUUCACACCAGAAACUUACUUCUCCAUGCAGCAAGUAUUUGAUAAAUUGUUCCUAUCAUCUAAACUUAAAAUACAUGGUGGAAUAAAUAUGACAAAUGACAGCAUGAAUGAGGCAGUUAUUCAACAGCUACCAGGAACAGAAGAACAAGCAGCUAGUGAUGUUAAUCUUUUGCUUAUACCAGUGAUGGAGUUCUACAAAUCUGAACCUGAGUGGCUACAGACUACCCUUCCUGAAUAUAGAGGAUAUCCAAGUUUUAAUACAAUUCUUUCCUUCUUCAGGUCUCAGAUUUUAUCAGCGCCUCGUUCUCCUAUGACACAUGCCACAUUGACAGAAAAAAACUGGUACCAUUUUGCAGCAAGAAUGUGGGACUCUGUAAAAAAAUCGCCCUUGCUUGCUGAAUAUAACCGUCUGCUAUCAUCAGCUAAUUGAUGUACGCCUUUUAACGUUUACAUGUCCUUAUUUAUUUAAUGAUUGUAUUGGCAGUGCAGUUAGGAUUUUUUUUAUUAUAAACCAAGAUGAAGAUUUUAAUAGUAAAAUGAGAUAGAGAAUGGAGCUGAAAGUGACUUUUGGAAUGCAUGCAAUUCAUUACAUUUUUUUUGUGUCAAUGUAAUUCGUUUAAAAAAUGUAAUUAGUCAUCAUUGGGUCAAACUUAAAGCAAAUUUUAUUUUGUGAAUUUUUUCUGUUCUUAGUAAUUCUGUUAAACAUACAAAUAUUAUAUUGAGUUAGUUUUCUUUGAAAACAUAAUUAAUUAUUUUAAUUUUUGAUGACUGAUGUGACUUCAAAAAAUACCUGGUGCAUAUUAUUUUCUGUUUUAU